CCAUCCCCUGCCCUCUCUCCCCCUCCAUUAAAAACAGAAUUUCCCCCCUCUCCCUCUCCCUCUCCCUCUCCCUCUCUCUUCUGCUUCUGAGCUUCUCCUUCCUCACCUCACCACCGCCCACCUCCUUCCAUUCGUACUUUCUCUUCUGCUCCACAGCACUGACAGCAGGCGCAAACCCAUUACUUUAAAGAAGAAGAAAAACCAGAGGACUCGGGUCGACUCCGGUCGGGAGGCUCUGUUCCCACACCCUCCGUGUCGUCCACCACAACAACACCAUGGCCAAGGAAAGGGAGAAAUCAGCAGCCGGCGGCGAGAAGAAGCUGUUUAUGGGAGUCGUAUGGAACUGCGCCGCCGAGCUCAAGCUCCUUUUGACCGCUCUCCUCAUCCUCUGCUCCGUCGCCACCCUCCUCCAGUUCCUCCCUUCCCGCUUCACCAUCUCCACCUCCGAUCUGCGCUUCUGCAUCUCCCGAAUCACCACCACCACCACCACUAUCUCCACCACCACCGCCGCCGACGCCGCCGCCCUCGCCGCUCUCAACUCCUCCUCCUCCUCCGCCGCCCACACCGCCUCGCAUCUCGUCGUUCCGCCGCCUCCACUUCCUUCGUCUCCCCCCGCCGUCGAAAAGGACAAGGUGCUCGAGAACGGCGUAAUCAAGCGCGUGUUCAACCCGUACGGCUCCGCCGCCUACAAUUUCAUCACAAUGGGGACUUACAGAGGCGGGCUCAACACCUUCGCCAUUAACGGUCUCGCUUCCAAGCCUCUCCACCUCUACUCCAAACCCACUUACCAAUGCGAGUGGGUCCCCGAACCGUCGUCGAAUUCCAAUUCCUCCGCCGCUCCUCCUCCUCCGAUAACCACCGUCGGUUACAAGAUGCUUCCCGAUUGGGGGUACGGCCGGGUCUACACCGUCGUCAUCGUGAACUGUACUUUCUCCGAGCCAAUCAACACCGACAAUUCCGGAGGCAAGCUCUACCUCCUCGCCUCCACAUCCGGCGGCGGCGACACCAAAUUCAACACCACCGACCGAAUCCAGGUCCUGGAGGAGCCGAAAGGGAGCGUCGAUUUUGGGGUUUUCACCUCCAAGCCCAAGUACGACUACCUCUACUGCGGGUCGUCGCUGUACGGCAACCUGAGCCCGCAGAGGGUGAGGGAGUGGAUUGCCUACCACGUGAGGCUGUUCGGGGAGAGAUCUCACUUCGUCAUUCACGACGCCGGCGGCGUCUACGACGAGGUGUUCGAGGUUCUGAAGCCGUGGAUGGACCUGGGCUACGUGACGCUGCAGGACAUUAGGGACCAGGAGAGGUUCGAUGGGUACUACCACAACCAGUUCAUGGUGGUGAACGAUUGCCUUCACCGCUACAAGUUCAUGGCUAAGUGGAUGUUCUUCUUCGAUGUCGACGAGUUCAUCUACGUCCCGCCUAAAAGCACCAUCAAAACUACUCUGGAUUCGCUUUCCGAGUACAACCAGUUCACCAUUGAACAGAUGCCCAUGAACAGCAAGCUCUGCCUCACCGCCGACUAUGGCAGAUACUACAGGAAAUGGGGGAUGGAGAAGCUGGUGUACAAGGACGUGAAGAAAGGGAUAAGGAGGGACCGGAAGUACGCGAUCCAGCCGAGGAAUGUGUACGCGACGGGGGUGCACAUGUCGCAGAACCUGGUGGGGAAGACGAACCACAAGACGGAAGGGAAGAUCAAGUACUACCAUUACCACGGCUCGAUCGCGCAGAGGAGGGAGCCGUGCAAGACGCUGCUGAACGUGAGCGAAACUUACUUCGACAAGACGCCAUACGAGCUGGACACGACGAUGAGGGACAUUGCCUGGGCGGUCAAGAAGUUCGAGCUCAAAAUGAUUGGCACCAGGCUGCAGAACACGCGGCAGUGAUCCCGCCAUCUCCGCCGGUCGGUCCAGACAUUAAAAAAAAAAUUAACCGGGCGGCGAAAAGAGAAAGAAAAAAUUGUUUUCAUUUUUGUCAUUAUGAUUUCUCUUUUUUUUUUUUUUAUAAAUUAGGUUCCCUUCCUCUUCUCUUCUUUCUCUCGAUUUAAUUUCCUUUUUGUUUAAUAUGCCUACUCCCCUUCCUUGGGUUCUUCUUUUCUUUAUUUUUGUGGUAUAUUAUUUUAUAGAACUUACAGGAGGAUUCAUAUAUAAAUUAGGGGGAGUUUCUUCUCUUCUUCUUGUUCUUCUGCCUCCUUUUUCUUUUUCUUGGUUUGUAUAAAGGAAUUGAUGAAUAAUUUAACUCAAUUAGUGGAAUGGAGUACAGGUAGAUGGGUGUCGUUUUUCGCCAUUCCUUUCUAAGAUUCUGAUGCUGCAUAUUUUUUAUUAUUAUAUAAUAUAUAUAGCUUUUUUUUUUUUUUUUAAUGGUAGCUUACUAGCUUGGCCAUCGAGCUUUUGUUGUUCAUCUCGGGGCUCCAUUACCAAAU